GCUCGAUACAGGUACCUUGUGCUGCUAUGAGAUGGCGUCUCAACCACGCCAGAAACUUCUGGAAGACGUUGAGGAUGAAGACACACGACCUCGAGGUGUCAUCGCUGCCGUCAAAUCGGCCUUCCUCAAGCCCAUUUAUCCAUUUGUCUCUCGCACCGCUCUACGCGCGUAUCUCACCACCUUCCUCCUCUUCUCCGCCACUCUCACGCUCCUCGCGCUCGCGACGACAGCCUACGGCCUCUUCUACUGGUCGUACAUCCCACGUAUAGGCUUCGAACGCACCAUCCACCUCCAGUUCGACAAUGUCUACAGACCACAAGGACAACUCCACUCCAAGUUCGCUUCCCCGAAAGAACACCCAUAUCCUUAUGGGAGCAUCAGUCUAUCCCCUGAACUAGUGGCAGGACAAGGAUACGAUGUCGUGGUGGAGCUAGACUUGCCGCGCACGAGAGAGAAUCGCGAUGCUGGGAACUUCAUGCUAGAGGUCACCAUGUAUGCCGCCGACGAGAGAAAGAGCUCUUCUGUAGACAGCAUUCUCGAUGCAGCAAGGCUGGCCAUGACCCCAACGAGCAUGAGAGACGAUGCAGGGACUGUCCUCGCCAUAUCAAGGAGACCGGCGAUCGUGCCGUAUAGAAGUUGGAUCGUGGAUCAUAUCUAUACCGCCAAGAGUCUACCUUGGUAUUUUUUCAAUCUUAGAGAGGAGAAGGAUAAGCUGAGAGUGCCCAUAUUUGAGAAGGUGAGUUUUGGGAAAGGAAGAGCGGGACUGCCUGCUAUGUUACACUUGGAGGUGCAGAGUACGCAUCGGCUGCAGAUAUACAGUGCUGUGGCACACUUCCGGGCACGGUUCACGGGUUUGAGAUGGAUCAUGUACAAUCAUCGGAUCAUCUCUGCUGCAUUGUUCAUUACGGCUUUCUGGGUCACGGAGAUGUUGUUCUUCGGCUUGGCCUGGGCGAUUGUGUCUUUCUACCUGUCGUCGCCAAAGCCGAGAGGACAGUCAGAAACGCAAUUCGACAAGACACCAACAAAGAUCAAAGUCGAGGAGGAGGAAGAUGCAAAAGCUGCAAUGUCGGAAACUGAGCGCACAUUCCCAACUCUGGCAGGGCAAGCGCCUCUGCGAUACCAGUCGCCCACAAACGGCAUCAAACAAGAAGGCGACGAUGAGGAGCCUAGUUUACGACCUGUUACACCUGCUGCGGAAGCUGAUGACGAAGACGAGGAUGUGGACUUCUUCGAUUCUGGCAUUGGGACGUCCCUGGAAUCCAGCAACCCUAGUCGAAGAGAGAGCAUACGAAGGCGACGAGGAAGAUUGAGUGAUAGACCUGAUGCGGAUAAAGCGUACUAGGAGGCUUUUGAGUAUAUCUUCAACUUUGAGGACAGAGCUCAGAUGCGGAAGAACAGUACGCUACAUGAUGGAGCAUUUUGGACGAACGUGAAGUCUGGAAACGGUUUGUGGGCGAGCAGAUGACUGCUGCCUGUAGAUCUGCAGAUUGAUGACCAGCUCGAAUGCCGAGAGAUUAUGAUUCCCUUAGUUCACGAGGAAAACGCGCCGAAUAAGUGCGGAAUAGUGUCUCUAGACACUACACAACUGUUAUUCAACUGCUUCGGCGCGCCGGACGCGUAAUUACGAUACGGCGCGAGAGUACUAGUACGCGUACCUUAACGUAGAUACUCUAAGGGUAGAACAGGUUACUACAGCCUCUUUGCCGGAGGGUGGUGUUCAACAGCCCAUACCUCUCCCCUGCCGGUGGUAUCCGACUGU